AUGGAGAAUCACUCGUCAGACAAGGUGACCAUCAACAACCCAGCAGACAGCUCCAUCAUGAAUGGCUAUAUCAUCCUGGUUGCUCUUUUCAUUGUGCUGCUGCUGGGCUGGCUGUUUGUACCUGUCUACCUCACAGCUGGGGUGAAUGAGGUCGGCUGUAUCGUCCCUAAAGUGUGUAAAAGGGUGUGUGGGACUGAGGUGGGCUGCUCCAACAUUGCUUAUCUUAAACUAGUGGUCUCAGUCAUGUCCAAUGGUUUGCGAGGUCUGAUGCUGGCUGUGAUGUUAGCUGCCCUCAUGUCCCCCUUGGCCUCCAUCUUUAACAGAAGCAGCCCUCCGUUCACCCUGGACAUCUGGACUCGCAUCAGACCACAGGCCACAGAGCGCGAACUCAUUAUAUUGGGCAGAGUCUGGGUGCUGUGCAUUGUAGCAUUCAUGACAACACAUAUGACGUUAUAUAACUACUGAUCAUCAUAAAGUGUCUGUGCAUCACAGAUAAAAAAUGGACCACUAAGUGAAAUCCUUCUUUCUGCGUCCUCCACUGCAGCUUUCUGGGGCCUGACUGGUGAUCUGGUGAUGGGUCUGUGUCGGAUGUUGCCUGAGCUCUGGUUCGGUACUGGCAGCUGUAUUUUCCCCUCUAACUGCCCAUUCUUGAUGUGUGGGAACCUGCACUUUGCAAUCAUACUCUUCUUCUGCACAUUUGCACUGGUGCUGCUGUUCAGCUGCUGCACUGAGCCUAUUGAGGACAAACAUGUUCAUUGCCUGGUGUUCAGUCUCCGGCAUUCCAAAGAGGAGAGGAAAGACCUGGACUGGGAGCAAGAGGAGAAAGGGAGAAGAGCCCGACCAGAGGCUGACCAUAGGAUGAGGCGAGGUAUCUGUCACCUGAUUGCUCAUCUCUGUGGAAGCGCCAGCGGCUCCCCUGACCUGCAGCAAGAAGCACCAGAGGAGACUGAGCAGAUGCCUCACAUAGUGUGGAAGUACACUGCUGAUGCGAAUCCUUUCAUCAUGAUGGCUGUAGAAGUUUUCAUGUGGGGUUACUUUGCUUAA